CUUUCUGACAGAAGUUGUCGAAGAAAGUGCAUCAGAAUGAACUACUUUUGAAGCAUAGAACGCUGCUAUAAUGUGCAAACAUCUAAGUAACACUUGCGAAAAUACAUAAUGGAGAAUUAAUUGACGAUCGGCUGUUAAUUUUAAAUCUGAAACAGCGAAGGAUGGGAAAAGUGAAGAAUUCAGUGGAACAGAACCCUGACAAUGCUGCCCAAACAUGUGGAUCCUGCAGCAACUUGCUCUUCAGAACCAUUAGGCAGUGGUUCCCUAUCAAUUUUUGGCAGGAAGUCAAAAAUAUAUUCAAACUGGCUGUGCCUGUGGUUUUUUCAAGGCUGAUGGUCGCUCUCAUAACUAUUGUUAACUUUGCAUUCAGUGGACAUUUAGGAAAAACUGAAUUGGCUGCAGUCAGUCUUGCUUUUGUGAUAAUUGGUGUAUUAGGUAUCUCGGUAGGUAUUGGCCUGUGUAUGGCAUGUGACACCUUAAUAUCUCAGACGUACGGCAGUAAGAACCUGAAGCGAAUCGGGGUGAUUCUCCAACGAGGGACCCUCAUUCUCCUGAUCGCCUGCUUUCCCUGCUGGGCUUUCUUCGUAAACACUGAGCACGUUUUAUUGGCUUUGAAACAGCCUCCUCAAGUGGCCAAAUUAGCUCAACUCUUUGUGCUGAUCGGUAGUUGCGGCCUCCCUGCAGUAUUUCUUUAUCAGUUGGAGCUCAGAUAUCUUCACAAUCAGGGGAUCACCAUACCUCAGCUUUUUGUUGGUUUCAUCACCAACGUCCUCAAUGUUGUCAUCAACUACCUCUUCGCCUACGUGCUAAAGCUGGGAGUGGCGGGCUUGGCUGCUGCCAAUAUUACUUCUCAGUACUGUCAAACUAUUCUCCUGUUUGGAUACAUUCGAUGGAAAAAGUUGCAUGUUCAGACCUGGGCAGGUUGGUCCACUGGCUGCCUGCAGGAGUGGGGCAAUUACUUACGCCUGGCAAUUCCUAGUAUGCUAAUGAUUUGUAGUGAAUGGUGGGCAUAUGAUAUUGGAACAUUCCUUGUAGGAUUAAUCAGCGAAGUAGAACUGGGAGCACAGACUAUUGUUUUACAGUUUAUAUUGGUACUGUACAGGAUCCCUCUGGGAUUUGGGAUGGCAGCAACAGUUUAUGUGGGGAAUGCUCUGGGAGCUGGUAACCCACAGCAGGCUGUCAAUUCUGCUAAAGUUGCUGUAUGCUGCACUGGUUUCACCUCCUUCAUAAUUGCGGUUGUUCUCGGAGCAGCGAAGAGCAAGCUGGCCUAUAUCUUUACAAACGACAAAGAUAUUGUCGAUCUAGUGUCAGAAGUAGUUCCACUAUGUGCUGCUUUCCAUCUGUUUGAAGCCAUUGUGGGUGUAUGUUUUGGAGUGUUAAGAGGAGCUGGGAAGCAAAAACUAGGAGCAUUCAGCAGCCUGGUUGGCUACUACCUGAUUGGGUUCCCAGUCGGGAUCCCUCUGAUGUUUGCUGCAAAAUGUGGCAUAUUUGGUCUGUGGUAUGGAAUGCUCACUUCUGUGAUUGGACAGUUAGUUUUCUUUCUGAUAGUGUUUUACAGAUUCAACUGGAAUGAAGCAUGCAGCGAGGCUCUGGUUAAUGCGGGUGUGGUGAAGAACGUGGACACCUCCCACAGUGCCUCUGGUUGUCAAACCCAGUACAGGUCAACAGAUGUGGACACGAGAAACAGGGCAGUGAAUCCAAUUCCUAAUGUUUGUCAGUCAGAAAUACAAACAGAGGAGGACCGGGUGAUGGAUACAUCUUCCACUGCGGACACUGGAGUUACCUCAGUCGGAGAAAUCCUGUCCACAAAACAACUGAUCAUUCGCCGUGGCCUAGCCUUCCUCUCAGGGCCCGUGAUCCUGGCCAUUGGACUGACCGUACACUUCAUUCUCUCAAAGGACAUGUAGACCCCAGUGACCAAUGGAGAGACUGAGCACAGUUACUCACCACAACAGGAAUAGAGAGAGUGUGACCAAAGGACAACCCGCAGCCAACAUUCACACAAAUCCUUUACUACUGAUCAACUCCAAUUGACUCCCAAAUAUACCAUAAAGAAAAUAAUUACUAACAAUGACCAACUGUGAACAGAUGUUUAACCGUCUCAUGAAAGAUUGUCACUUCAUUUGGAUAUUUGGAGAAUAAAGGACCAUGUUUCUAUUCUGAGCCUGAGUGAGUUAGCUCCCAUUUUGAAACCGGGGAAUGUAUAUUUUGCACUGGAGAGCAAAGCGCUGGCUUUGUGUCAGAAUCCAUGUCCCACCUUCUCCGUCUCACUGCCUGCUUAUGUGUGGUCAGCAAGCCUGGCCCUCUCAUGGCGCUGAUACAACAGAAGGCAGACAGUCGGGGGCGAGCAGCUCUUAGGGUCAUCAGCAAGAUGCCAAA